UCCGAUAAGCAACCUAUCCACAUUUGUCACAUUUGUGGUUGUAGUACUUUGGUUUCAUUACUCUUAUAAACUCCACUUAAAGGCUAAUAAAAUUGCUCUAGUUUCUAUGGAUGCAUCAAGAAUUUCACUCCGCCCGUUCAAGCUGUCCGAUGCGGACGAUCUCUUGAAGUGGUUCGGGGACGAGAGGGUGGCAAAGAAUACAAGAUGGGACGCCAUUAGCUCAAGGGAAGAAGCAUUAGCACAUCUUGAAAAAGUAGCCAUACCCAAUCCAUGGCAUUAUUCCAUAUGUUUGGAUGACCGUUCGAUCGGAUACGUCGCCUUUUGGCAAGGAACACUUCCCUACGACAAAUACAAAGCAAACGUGGGAUAUGCAGUGGGUGCAGAGUAUUGGGGACAAGGGAUCGCAACAGUUGCAGUGAAGAAGGGUCUGUGUAGAGUGUUUCAAGAUUUUCCUAAGUUGGCCAGAGUGGAAGCUUAUACUUUGGUGGACAAUGGCAGAUCUCAAAGGUUGCUACAGAAACUUGGAUUUGUAAAUGAAGGUCUGUUGAGGAAAGUGUUUUAUUAUCAAGGUGAAGUUAGAGAUUUUCUCAUCUUUAGUUUCCUCUCUACUGACCAUAUUCUGUGACCCUCUUUUAUAUCAUGUCACUAGGUAUUGUGCGGGUGAAAUUAAUUUAUUUUUAUUUUUUAGAAUGUUAAUUUUUUUGGCAAAAUGAACUUAUUUAUUAAUCAAAA